AUGCUGACGCGUCUGAAUUUCGACGACGACGACGCUGGCGAUGGCGACGAUGGUGAUCGCCGUCUCGACGGUCGCCGCAAAAUUCGGACGACUCGCAAGGAUCGCAGCAUUCGAUAUCUUCGAUCGUUGAGCGCCGCGAAGGCGCGACCAACUCGAAAGGAGAAACCGACGACGCGCCGACCGCGCUCCACCUCGAAAUGGGCGACGGUGCGACAGAAGCGACCGCAAAUGGUCGCCAACGCCAUGAUGGAGCGAAAACAAGGGCUCGACCUCAACAAAGUGUCGCCAGCGGCGGCGCUCAGAAACACGAAUCUCGAAAAUGGCGAGGCGAAGACGAAAAGCUUCAGCGAUGUGGUAAAAGCGGUAAUGAUUCUCCGCAAUUGGAUGACCGCAAUGGAGCACGAUGAGCGCGAGAGUGAGCCCGACCGCGAGCCGACAACCACAAAUUUCAUCGAGGUCACCGAAAACGAUCAACGAGCAAUUCUAGGCAUCGAACACGAGCAAUUCCAAUCGCAGCCAACCGGCGGAAGUAUCCUCAAAGCGGUCAUUCAAGACCGACUACGGCGUCUGAUAUUCUUCUACAUCACACAAAACUCGACGUUUUAUUAUUACUGGACGACGCUCGUCGCCAGCGGAAUCCUUUAUAAUAUGUUGGCGAUGGUGAUAUUCAUUUUCGACGACGUCUAUUUCGGCUAUUUCCAGCAAUGGCUGACGCUCAAUUGCAUCUACGACGGUGUGUUCGUCCUCGACAUUUUGUUGCAGUCGAGAAUGUCCUUCAUGCACGAGGGAUCCGAAGUCAAAAACACGAAAAAAAUGUGGAAGAAUUAUGUGGAAUCCUAUCGCAUCUAUCCAGACAUUGCGUGCUUACUUCCACUAGAUCUCAUUCUCAUCCUCAAUCCAACAUUAUCCCUUUUAAGGGCAAUUCGAAUGAUAAAAUGCUACCGUCUCGUCGACUUCAUCGCCAUCACCCAAAAGCGAACCGCGUUCCCGCACGCGACAAAAAUCGCGCUUCUCUCAACAUCGUGCUUCAUUCUAUUCCAUUGGAAUGCGUGCGUCUACUUUCUCUUCUCGCUCUUCGAGGGCCUCUCAGAAGACGACACCAGCGCGUUCGGCUUCUCCUACUACAAGGUGUUCGAUCCGCGAUUUCCGACGUGUCGGGCGUUCAAUGAUCCCGACUGUUGGUAUUCGGAGCAUGGCGAAUCGGUUCUCGAUCUCGACGACGAGCGUCCGAAAUACAUGAAGGACAUGUACGACUAUUGGGAGUCGAAGCACUACAAAUUCGAGAUGGGCAACUUCUCGCGAGAGUACAGCAUGACGCUCUACUGGUCGGCGCUCACCAUCACCACGUGCGGCCAACAACCGUAUCCGUCGACGUCGCCGCAAAACAUGCUCGAGGUCGUCGACACGCUCAUCGGCAUCCUCGUGUUCGCCACAAUCAUCGGCGGCGUCGGCAACGUGGUGACGCAAAUGAAUCAGGCCGUGUACGAUUUUCGCGAGAUGAUGGACGGCAUCAAAUUCUAUAUGAAGUACCGCGAUGUGCACGCCGACAUUCAGGAGCGCGUCCUCAACUGCUUCAUGUACCUCAACACGCACAACCAGUUGUAUGACGAGAAGGAGGUGCUCGAGGUGCUGCCGCCGCGAUUCCAGAGCAACAUCGCCGCCAAUUUGCACAUCGACACACUCAAGAAGGUCAACCUGUUCGGCGGUUGCGAUUUGCGAUUUCUGCACGAGGUGGUGAUGCUGGUCAAACAGCAAGUCUACUCGCCCAACGACUAUCUAUGUCGGAAGAAUGAGAAGGCCAAAGAGAUGUUCAUUGUGAAGAAGGGCACGUUGAGCGUCAUCGACGACGACACGAAUCACGAGCUCGAGCGUCUCGAAGAGGGCUCGACGUUCGGCGAGCUGUCGGUCGUCCACGUGCGCGGCAAUCUACUCGGCGAUCGGCGAAGUGUGUCGCUGCGAAGCGUCGGCUAUUCCGACGUCUACAUUCUUCAUCAAGACGACGUCACGCGCCUUCUGCAAGAGUAUCCGAGAGAUCGCGACAUUCUAUUGCAAAAUGCGCGUCAAAUGCUCCAUGAGCGCGGACUUUUACGGACCACCGAGUUGGGCGAGAUGUGCGAAAUCGAGCCCGACAUGGAUGACGACGCAAUGAUCGGUUUGCUCUCCGUCGAUGAGCAACUCGUUCGCCUCACUCGCAUCGUGCGUGAUCUCGACGAGGAGCUCAACCAAAUGAUCAAAUCGUUUUCGCACAGCACACUGUAUUUCAAGCAAAGGGUGACCGCGCUAGAGUUCACCUAUAACAACAACAAGACGCGAAUCAAACGCGACUGUAUACGAGGACUAUUGUGA